CCAUUGGGUGGCCAUCUUGGAAGUGGUUUUAACGGAGAGCGACGGAGAAAUCGGGGAACGUAGCCGUUGGUGAGCGGCUCGUUCACGCGGCAGUAAUAUUAUUAAAACGCCAAUAUAACCAAACAGUUGUUUAGAAAUGAAGACAGAGAGCAGUCGAAUAAGCGCAUUUUGCUGUUAAUAACGGAUAUUUGGAAUAGUUCCAGGGCCCUGUUGAGUGCAGGGUUGUUUUUUUUUCCUUUAGUACAACCGGACAUCCGAAAUGUAAACCAGACAGCUAACGGCUACCACAACGGUUUAUUAUCUUUCGAGGGGUUCGUGAGGUUUUUGAAACCUGUUUUUCACACCAGCUAAUGGCUCGAAACUGGGGUUGGAUUACAACAUUUUCAACAGAGGGACACGAGCUGUAGACUGACCAUUAUUCCAGUCUGAAGUUGUCUCCAGAGUUUGAAUCGCUUAGCGCUGUAAUGGUGCCACGGUGGGCAGUGUAACGUUAGUCCACACCGAUUGUCCGUGCCUCGUCGAGCUACAUUUACCAAAUCUGCUGCUAAAAUUCGUAUUUGCACCACCAGUACGAUGUCAACAAGAACUGCACUUCCCUCAGUCAACGAGCGGAAAGCGGAAAAACACACAUCCAGUGGUCAUGGGCGUGCAGAUGGGACUUCUCGGUCUGCUAGGUCGAGUGGCAGGAAUCGGAAUUCAGGCAGUUCAGGCUCAGAAGAGGUUCACCCCCAUGUUGGGAAUUACCGACUCCUGAAAACCAUCGGAAAAGGCAACUUUGCCAAGGUCAAACUGGCACGUCACAUCCUCACUGGCAGAGAGGUGGCCGUUAAAAUUAUUGACAAGACCCAACUGAAUCCUACCAGCCUCCAAAAGCUAUUCAGAGAAGUCAGAAUAAUGAAGAUUUUAAAUCACCCAAAUAUUGUAAAAUUGUUUGAGGUGAUUGAGACUGAGAAGACUCUGUUUCUUGUGAUGGAGUAUGCCAGUGGAGGUGAAGUGUUUGACUACCUUGUUGCUCAUGGCAGGAUGAAGGAGAAAGAGGCCAGAGCAAAAUUUAGACAGAUUGUGUCCGCUGUGCAGUACUGUCACCAGAAACACAUUGUUCAUAGAGAUUUGAAGGCUGAAAACUUGCUGCUGGAUGCUGAUAUGAACAUCAAGAUAGCAGAUUUUGGUUUCAGUAACGAGUUUACAGUAGGGAAUAAGUUAGACACGUUCUGUGGCAGCCCUCCCUAUGCUGCUCCUGAACUCUUUCAGGGUAAAAAAUAUGAUGGGCCUGAGGUGGAUGUCUGGAGUCUGGGGGUCAUCCUUUACACAUUGGUUAGCGGCUCACUGCCCUUUGAUGGCCAAAACUUAAAGGAGCUGCGUGAGCGUGUGUUAAGAGGCAAAUAUCGGAUUCCCUUUUACAUGUCUACUGACUGCGAGUCUCUCCUCAAACGUUUCCUAGUGCUUAACCCUUCUAAGAGAGGAACACUGGAGCAAAUCAUGAAAGAUCGCUGGAUCAACACUGGAACAGAGGAGGAAGAGCUUAAACCCUACAUUGAACCAGAGAUCGACAUCACUGAUCAGAAGCGAAUAGAUCUGAUGGUUGGUAUGGGCUACUCUAGAGAUGAGAUUCAAGCAUCGUUAACUAAGAUGGUAUACGAUGAUAUAACAGCGACUUACCUUCUGCUUGGCAGAAAGGCAAACGAGGAGGUAAAUGACUCUAGCACCAAUAAUCUCUCAGUGACAAAGAACAGGCUCACAAGUGAGAUAAAUGGCCAAUCACCAGCUCACCAAAAGGUGCAGAGAAGUGUCUCAUCCAGUCAGAAAACCAGACGCUACAGUGACCAAGUGAGUGGUGUAGCUAACUCUGUGUUGAGUAAUGUUAAGAGGGUCAUUCCCAACACAGCAGAUGCUGACAAUAAGCAGGAUGGAGGGGUUGCUGUUCGCAAAGCUCCAUCACACAGCCCUCCUAGCCCAUCACUGGGCAACGCCAAUAACCCCAACAAAGCAGACAUACCCAAGACGGCAAGCUCUCUUGCUCCCAAUAAUAAUUCUGCUGCUGGAAUGGCCCGCAGAAACACAUACGUAUGCAGUGAUAGGAACAACACAGAGCGUCUCUCUGUUAUUCCAAAUGGAAAGGAGAACAGUGCAUCUUUGACUCCUGACCAGCGAAAUCCAGGUGCCUCCACUCACAGCAUCAGCAAUGCUGCCACAUCCGAUAAGCUACGCUUUCCACGUGGCACUGCGAGCCGCAGCACCUUCCAUGGCCAGGUUAGGGAGCGUCGCACUGCAACAUACAACGGACCACCAACGUCUCCGACACAGCCCCGCAGCCGUGCCAACACCAAUAACCUGCUCACCAAACUCACCUCCAAACUGACACGCAGAAACAUGUCAUUCAGGUUUUCCAAAAGUCGCCAUGUACCUGGGGAUCAGCAAAAAGAUGAAGGGAAAGAUGGAAAAGACAGAAAGCCCCGCUCUCUCCGUUUCACCUGGAGUAUGAACACCACCAGCACCAUGGAGCCGACCGCCAUAAUGAACGAGAUCCGCAAGGUUUUGGAUGCCAACAACUGCGACUAUGAGCAGCCAGAACACUUCCUGCUUCUUUGCGUCCAUGGAGAUGGACGUGCCGACAGCCUUGUCCAAUGGGAGAUGGAGGUCUGCAAACUGCCUCGCCUCUCACUCAACGGCGUCCGUUUUAAAAGAAUAUCAGGAACAUCCAUCGCUUUUAAAAACAUUGCUUCCAAAGUUGCCAGUGAACUCAAGCUAUGAAUAUAUCUAUAAUCUUUGUAGAGAAAACUAUGAAAGUAUUAAAUCCUAUAUAGAGAAAUGAGGCUGUACAAUCACAAGCUUAGCAGUAUUGAUUGUUUUUUUUUAACAAACCACUUCUAUAUAUUUAAAUGUAAUGUUUAGACACUUUAACACUGCUACAAGCAAUAAUUUCAUGUUUCCAGUUGCUAAACAUUGUUUAAGGUUAGCGGUUGAAAGUUUUUGGUUAAGGAUGGGCACUCCUUAAUGCACUAGUUGUGCAUUUAUUUAGGAGGAAAGAAUUAUUAAGAUGCGAACUAAAAAGACAGCAGCUGAGAGUUCAGUCAGUGUUCUGUUGCUAUAGUAUUAGGUGUUUUGAGCAGCACACGUCUAAAUGCUAUGUAAAUUCUUGAAACGGAAACAAUGCUUUUGAACAGCUUAAAAAUACUUUGGAUCUGUUUUGCCGCAUCUCAGUUGUUUUUGUUAUUCAAAGUGCUUGUUCUUGAACAUGCUCCAGCCACUUAGUUCACUGUGUGAAUGCUUUGAGACAUUAAAGUGAAACUAGUUUUUAUUUAUUUCCAUUGUUUGAUCACUACCCACAUGUAUAUAAAGUACCAUUGAUUUACAAUUGUUACUUAUUGCCAGCGUUGUCAUACUAUUAUUUUACAAGUUCUCUGACAUUUUGAGAGCUACUUGUAAUUGGUUGUUGACUGGUUGUAACUGAGAUACAACCUAAACUAUAUUAAAACACCUAUACUUGA